GGGAGAGAGAGAGAGAGAGGAUGGCUAGGAAGAGAGAAAGAGAAGAGAAUCAAUAAAGUGCACAGGCUUCGUGCCUUCUUGUCGUUAGUACGCAUCGGCGAGUGCUUUGCCCUUUCCUGGUUGUUGGCCUGGCAACCGCGUGGCGUUACCUUAAGGGCGCGACGCACACCCAUACCCUCGCACCCCUCGGCGACGGCGGCAACGACGGCGGCGCAGUUCUUCGUCUCGUUCAUCGGCUUCGAGAAAUAGCCGAGUCGAUUCGUAAAGAACAGGCAUUCCAGAAAGAACCGGAGAGUCAGCUGAUCGAGAUCCUUCGAAUCAGCCGUUCCGCUAAGAUUUCCAGCGAAGUCAUUGAUCCUGGCGAUCCUGGCUAUCCGGAUUUUCAAGUCCGAAUCGUCGACUGAGAUAUCACCAAUUCCAAGCCUCUGGUAUAAAUUAUAGGAAAUUGAAUUUAAUCUAUCCAAAUAAUAACAAAUCUCGACACGUUGUUGGGAACAAGAAAGUGCCUUCGAGAGCGAGACUCCCGGAGACGUCCGGUCCACGGUGAAUCGCGUUAGGAUUUUUAUUAUCGCGGGAAGACGGAAGUCCGGUACGCCGGGAAUUUCAAGAAGUGCAUGGGAAAGGUGCACAAUCCUCCCAGGGAACCUAUAAUGCUUUGCUUCGUGCAAGGGAUCUACGCGAGGGACGACUCGUCCAAGUUACGACGGAGCAAAAGGUCUGCGGGGUCCAUAGGCGCGCGAUCGGCACCAAGCACACCUCUACAAGCUGUCCCCGAUGGGCCGCAGACCGCGGGCCAACAAUCGAUCAGCGGAUCCCAACUUACCGUAGCCGGCGCCAGCUAUCCUCAGCCUCCGAGGAGUCCCAGCCACGCGGCUUUGAGAUGUAACGACAGUCACCUUUCAAAGCCGCUGAGUAGGAGCACACCAUCGAUGGCAGCUGGCGGUGGUGCGCAGACUCCAGCAAAGGUCAGCAGAUCCUCGUCGAGGUCCUCACCGACCUCCACUAGCAGCGCGAGACAGAAAAAAUUCCACAGGCACUUCAGCCAGUCUUCGAAAUUUCGCGAUCAGGUGGCGGAGGACGAACGCGUGCUCAACUACUACAGCUGCGCGCUGGUCGGCGACAUCCUGCUGCAGGGUCAUCUGUACAUCACGCCCAACUACUUUGCAUUCUACAGCAAUGUAUUCGGCUACGUGACCAAGCUGCUGAUACCGACGGUGUCGGUCCUCAAGAUCAGCAAAGAGAAGACUGCGCGUAUCAUACCGAAUGCGGUCGCGGUGGCGACCGAAGAGGAGCGUCACGUCUUCUGCUCGCUGCUCUCGAGGGACUCGACCUUCAAGCUGAUGAAGCAGGUCUGGGACGCGGCGAUGGAGCCGCGGACGCCGAAUGUUCUGCCGUCGCUCGCCAAUGACAACAAGCUCCUCACACCUGACGCUCUGCUGGUGGACGAUUCCGAGGAGGUGAACGCCGAGGAGGAAGAAUCGAGUAUGUCUGAGAGCGGCACCGAUCUUAUCUCGAGACCGCCGACUGUCUGCACCGAUACCGACGGUGCGCCCAUGGGCCUGAACAGACCGAGUUUGCCGGUCGCUAGAUUAGAGGGCGUUAUAUUAACGAGGCCGCAGAUACCAGGCCGAUUCGGUAUGCUAAGAUCUUUGUUCGCCGGCUGUAAGCCUGGCACGUUGAUAACGAUACUGGUGUUCUUGGCGACUCUCUUGAUGGCUCUCUACGUAUUGGCGGCUGUAAUGUUGAUGCGCAUUGAGAAUCUGCACACCGUGUACGUCAAUCACCCCCUCGUUUCGCCGGAGCGCUUUACGCACGAUCGACUGUUGCAUUAUCUUAAUACGAAUCUGGAUCAAAUAAUCAAGGUGCGUCAGAGUCUGCAGACAUUGUCGCAGCAGUUCGUGACGAUGAGCCAAGGCAGUGAGACGGGCCCGACCAUGUCCGGCAACGUGGUGGAGCCGGAGGACGCACCGAGUUAGCCCACAACCGAGCUAAACGACUUAAUCCAGCCGAAUAACACAAGGCUCCGUCACCUCGCUGUCGAGCGAGGUAUUGCCUCUUGAAGAAUAUCAUCAAUGUCGUUGUCAUCGUCUUCGUCGCCAUCGCGUCUCGACACGGCGAAACAAGACAAUUUCUCUACAGACAUUCGUUACAGUGCGCCAAUCACGCGCGCUUGGUCGUUGUUAUCCAUGUUGUUAUUAUGACAGACUUUUGGAGCCCACGAGAGUGAAAGAGGGAGAGAGAAGAGAGAGAGAGAGAGAGAGAGAGAGAGAGAGAGAGAGAGAGAGAGAGAGAGAGAGAGAGAGAGAGAGACAGAAUCUGCUGCUAAACGACACACAGCUCGUAAAACGAGAUUUUGUGAGCGCGCGAAUCGUUCACGAACUUCCGGAUUUGAAAGCGAGCUCCGAGCACGCGUGAAUGGCCAGGUGAAAUCGAGCGUUUGCGCGAUUAGACUGCUUCAACAGCACAUAUAUGUGUUACGAAUUGACACGUACAUAUGAUUAUGCGAAGCGACGAGGGUAAAUGCGCGGCGAGCAGAGGUUGUCGUUUUUGUUAUCUUUUCUUUUCAUCAUAAACUAGUCACGUGUAUGUACCUAAGUCCCGGGGUAUAAUAAAAGAAGCAAAAUAUGUA